GAAAUAACCAUGGCAAAAUCGAUGUAAACAUUAACUUUAAAAAUCUACGCGCACGUAUAAAACUCACGUUACACCGCACUUCAUAAUGCGUAGUUGGUAAAACAGUACGGAGGAGGACAGAUUGCAAGCGACACGUCAAUUUACGCACUCGUUUAAUCUAUAAUCGGUCAGUAAAUACGAUGCGCGUAUGAUCGUUGGAAGCCUUGUUUUUCAUCGUUGCCAUGGUAACUAGAGACGAAGAGAAGGAAGGUUUGGUGGGUUGGGCCGGGCCGUUUUCUCAAGAGUUGGUUGUCGUCAGAAUGCAAGACAUCGCCUUGUCCGCUAAUGGCGCUCAAAUCGUUAUGGUGAGCUCACAACACGAGAAUUUCCCCGCAAAUAACAUGAUAGACGGGAAGCUCAAUACUUUCUGGAGUACAACUGGCCUAUAUCCACAAAGCUUUGUUCUGGCUCUACCUAACAUUACAACAGUUGAAAAUAUAACUUUCUACAGUUAUAAUGUAAAGAGGCUGACGACAGAGAAGUCAUCGGAAUCUGAGCCCAUGGAGUUCAAACCUUAUGCUGAAAUAGAUUUACAGGCCACCGAUGGCAGUCUACAGAAAGUGACAUUUGGAAAUGAGAGAAACGAAGCAAGAUAUUUACGUUUCAUUAUAGAAACUGGUCACGAUCACUUUUGUGCAGUGUACAAAGUUCAAGUAAAAUCACGUUUAUCUUACACAACAAGUUCUUCAUUAACUAGAAAUAUAUUACAGCCACUCUUUCUAGCCCAAAUCCCUGUUUGGGGUUGUGCUUCUUAA